CCUCCCCGCCGGCCGGGGCCCGGUACUACUACUGUUGUGCAUCCUACGUACGCAUCAAGAAGCCGACUGUGCAUCGAUCAUAUGGAUUUAGCGUACACAAUUGGACUUGGAUGAACACACAGCACACGACGACAACAUGAGCAAUGAAGGACCAGUUGACCAGCAACAACAACAGCAGGAGGAUUCUUGGGACCCGGUCAUCAAGAAUGUCAUGACAUCUACGUUCGGAACGCUGGGUAUUCGUGCCCUGCCGGACCUAGACUGGCCAGACAUCCUGCGGUUCCACGCCAGAACGGUCGCGACUCAGCUGCUGAGAGGCGGCGACAUCAACGACCUCCUCGCGGACGACACGAACGCCUUCAUCAGCGUCGACAACGCGCAGUUCGUCUUCCACCCGUUUCACGCGGUCGCGGCCUACGGCCACGGCCUGCCGACGAGCCUCUUGUCCGCGCUCGUCUCUCCCGCUGCUUCUGCUGCGGAAUCGUCUCGGGAGUUCGCUGAUCGAGCGGCGGCUGCUCUUGCCGCUGAAUCGUCUCGCGCAACGGACGACCACCCCGCAGCAGACGCGCUGGCACCAAGGGAGUCUAGAGCCCCAGCAACGGCGGAAGCGGUGUCCGACGGCACGACGACGACGACGACGACGACGACGACGAACGCGGGCUUCCACUGCGACGCCCGAGACGAGCGCUUGAGGACCGCCCUCCACUGGGGGAGCACCACGGGGCAGGCGGACUGGAUCUCCGCCCUCAUCCGCGCGGGCGCCGACCCGGACGCGACCGACGUCGACGGGCGCCCGCCCCUCCAGUACGCCGUCGAGGCCGCGCAGGCCUCGGCUGUCCAAAGACUGCUGGAGGGAGGGGCCGACAAGAACUUCCGGCUCAGCGACGGCGCGGGCUACGGCGGCGACGGCGGCACCCCGCUCAUCCUCGCGGCCAGGGAGGGGAACGCCGAGAUCGCGAGGCUGCUCUGCGACGCAGGGGCGUCCCUGGAGGACAGGGACGGGAUCGGCUUCACCGCGCUCAUGACGGCGGUGGCGCACCGGCAUCUGGGGGUCACGGAGGCGUUGCUGGCGUUCGGGGCUGAUGCCAAUACGGAGAGUUCCCAGAAAAUGACACCUCUGACGGUGUCUGUCGCAAGUAGCAACGUGCCCAUCACGAGGGCCUUGCUGCGGUCUGGAGCCACCGCCGGUCAGGCCGGAAUCCGCGAUAUCACGCCUCUGCACCUCGCGGCGGGCAAGGGCAGCGAAGACCUUGUCGAGGACCUCCUCCGCGCCGGCGCCGACCCCUCCGCCCGCAUCGCCUACCCGCCCCCAAGAUCCACCCCGUUGCACAGCGCCUGCCGCUCCACCCGCCUUGGCGCCGUCAAGGCGCUCCUUCUUGCCGGGGCCGACGAGACCAUGGGGGACAUGUCACCGCCGCCGUCCCAGCUGCCGGCCCCCUCGAACGCACCGCCGCCGCCUUCGACGACGCCCAUUGGCGUGGUGGGGCUUGGACACUGCGGGCGUGACGAGGACCCGACGCUGAGGCUACCGGCGGAAUCGGCCGCGGAGCACGCGAGGCGGCGGGACCCGCAGACGAUGGAGGCCAUUCGAAUGGCGCUGAGGAAUGCGCCUGCCGACCGCGCGUGGCGCCGAAGGUCCUGGCUGGUGAUGCUCCGGGCAUCAGCGGAGGCGGAGGCGGCGGCGAAAGCGACCCGCAAGAAGUGGGAGCUGUCGUCCAUGGCCGGCAGCGUGGUCGACUUGAUCGAUAACAGGCUCGUUCUGGGGGAGACAAGCAGGGAGAAGGGGGCCAAAGACGCCGUCGAUAAGAAGGAGAGAGUAACGGGUGGCGCUGGCGGCGGCAGCGGCGGCGGCGGCGGUGUGGAGAACGGCACAGGGAACGGCACGGCGGAGGACGCCACCGCCGCCGCCGCCGCCGCCGCCGCCGACCAUAGCAAGCGAGCGAAGCGGAGCGGGGGCGGCGGCGAUGGGGACGAGGCGGCGGCCGGCGGCAAGAGGGAGGGGGACGAGGCUGCGAGUGGCGUUGCAGCAGAGGAGGCAUGUGCCCGGGAGGGGCCCGCAAAAGAAACGCCACCCGCCGCGCAUCGUGAGGGUGCCCAUCUCGAUGCCGAUGGCGGACAUAAUAGCUCACGUGAGGAGGAGACGGCGGUGGUGGUAGGGGAGCAAGGCGAGGGGCGGGGGCAGGCGAGAGAAGGCGCCGCCGGCGAUGAUGGUGGCGAUGGGAAGGGUGCACGAGUGCUGCGGUGGUUGUGCGGGAGACUGUUCGAUCUCGCGGCGGUGGAGGAAGGGGCGUUCCGAAACGUGGUGCUGUUCCUGUAAUCAGGGCACAAAAGCUAGGGAGGGUUGUAAUGGGCGGGACGGGGUGUUUGGGUAGCCACGUCGUGCACAGGAAACAUGUACAUAUAUAUGUGGCACCAAUUGGAUACCCCCACCGCCAGGCGUGGCAACUCUCGUGUAUGUGAUGCUCAAGUGCUCAAUGAGAACUGCAACAGUUUUCAUCUUGACCAAGGAAAACGCCGAAAUGGACCCAUGGAGUUGAAGGGGUGCGUUACCCUCCGAUCCCAUUUUUUGUUAAUUGGUCGGUUGUUGCUAUUGUUCUUACCUGCUUGCCCUUGUGCGGAGACUAAGAAUCGCGCCGAAGUCGGCCGUGACGGGCAACUUCAAAAGACUCCUGCACGAGGGUUGCAUGAUCCGAACUGUGUGUCGCGUACCUUGUGAUACGGAAAGGGGCGUGCGCGUGCUUGCCAAGUGUCAGGCCGAUGCCAAGAGGCCGUAGAGCAAGAUCUCU